UUGAAAUUGUUGCAAAGCUUUGCGUGGGCGGAGUUUUGUCCCUAGAAUGGCAUUGUGUGCCCCGAAGUGCCACUAAUUAGGGGUUUUAGACUAAGCUGGCUGCGGUGUGUAAACAACAAUUAUGAGACCGGGCCCCGGGAAGUGGGAUUACCGGAGGUCAGAGCUCAGGAGCAUGUCGAGCACUUCGGAGGACAUCCGGAGGCAGCUGAAAGUGCGGCGCCAGAAGCAGAGGGCCAUUUUGGCCACGAGAUGGCGCUGCGCCCAGGGAGGAUUGGAGUUCGAGCAGCUGGACACCUUCUACGCAGCCAUCAGGCCAUAUCUCUGUGUGGCGCAGUUCUUUGGCAUCAUGCCCUUGGCGAAUAUACGGAGUCGCGAUCCCCAGGAUGUGAAGUUCAAGGUGCGCAGCAUUGGCCUGGCAGUCACCGGUCUCUUCCUGCUACUGGGUGGACUCAAGACCUUGGUGGGUGCCAAUAUACUCUUCACAGCGGGUCUGAAUGCCAAGAAUAUGGUUGGGCUGGUCUUCCUCAUCGUGGGCCUGGUCAACUGGCUGAACUUCGUGGGCUUCGCUCGCUCCUGGUCGCACAUAAUGCUGCCCUGGAGUUCCCUGGACAUUCUGAUGCUCUUUCCGCCGUACAAACGCUGCCGGCGAAGCCUUCGGUCAAAGGUCAACUUCAUUGCCAUGUGCGUGGGUGUCCUGGCAGCGACCACAUGCUGUACUAUGCCUCUGGCUACUGCAGCUACAGCACGCACAUCCUGCAGUGCCACACGAACCACUCGCGGAUCAGCUUUGCACUUUAUUUGGAGAAGGAGUUCAACGACAUCAUGUUCAUCAUGCCCUGCAACAUCUUCACCAUUUGCUACGCUUUUUGGAUAAAUGGAGCCUUUACCUUUUUGUGGAACUUCCUGGACUUCUUCAUUGUCAUGACCAGCAUUGGAUUGGCG